AUGGUGACCCGACCCGAGAUAUACGCCGACACUAUUGAGGACCUAUUGGAUGAUAGGUAUGAGGUAUACACCGAUGAAUUCAAACAAGUCGAGUGGAGGCAACCGGUAUUUUAUGAGGGCUUUGGUAACAACUCAUUUAGAGAUAAUUUUGUCAAACUGGUCACCACUAGGUUGAGGACCUGGGAUACCAAACAAUUAAUGGAUGACCAGAUGUCGAUGGAUGUAAUCGAGCCAUACCUUCCCAGAUUUAUGGCCAUACAUUGCUCAGCGUUUAUACGAGUCAUCACUUUUGCAAUACUGUUGCUCCUGAUCACCUAA